AUGUCUCAAGUAAAAGACAUUAUUGAAAAAUAUAUAAUAUCUUAAAUUUUAAAUAAAUACUCAUGUAAAAAAUUGUGAAAAUUAGUAUGAAACAAACAUCAAAAGAAACUAAUGAAAUUUCAAAUAUUACUAUCUUCAUUAAUAAUUAUAUCUCAAGAAGUAUUUUUGCAUUGAAUUUGAAUGUAUAAAAAAUAUUCAAAGUAAUUUUUAGGCUCAUCUUUAUCCAAGUAAUGAAGAACCAUAUGAUCAAAGAGAUGAAAAUUAUACCAGUUCAGAAGAUAAUGAAUCAUUUUAUUGUGAAAUGUGUGAUAAAGAUUUUUCAUCCGAGGAUGCUCUUUCUGAACAUAAAAGGGAACACAAACUUUGUGGUAUUGAUGGAUGUACCUUCUCUGCUCAUCCACUACUAGUUGAAAAGCACAUUACUAUGCAACAUAGUACUGGUUUGUACCAUAAAAUAAAAAAUGUAUCAACUCCAGAAGAGAUUGAAAAGUGGAUAAUGGAGCGAAAGAGAAAAUAUCCUACAAAAAGUAAUAUUGAAUUGCGAAAAGCGGAAGAAAUGGAAAAGAUCCAAAGAGGAGAAAUAAUUAAGCAAGAGACAACUAAACGGAGAAAAAAAAAAUUCAUACGUUUUAAUAAUCGCAAAAGGACAACAAAAAAAGAAACUGUUAAAAUAUCUAAUAACUUUAUAGAACAAAGUGAGAAAUAUAGAGUAAGCUUAAGAAAUGAAGAUUUGCAAGUGGAAAAUCAACUUAAAGGUAAAAUUGAAAAUGAUUGUGAGGAAAAUAUUAAUUGCAUUUCUGAUGAAGAAGAAACAGAUACAUUACCAAAGUCUACUAUUGUUACUUGUAAUAUACCCAAUUUAGUGGCAGAUUAUGGAAAUACUUCCGAGGAAAGCGAUGCGCCCGAAGAAAUACCAUUUAAAAAAAAAUUGGAUAAUGACACAUUAAAAGAAAGUAAUGUAGUGAAAGAAAUAGUUGUGCAGAAUAAUUUACAGUUAAUGAAUACAAAUCCUAUAACAUCUAAAUCUAAACGGCCUAAAUUAAAUCAAAAUUCAAAGAAUAAAGUACAAAAAAUAACAAUUAAGAGAAAACAAUCAUACACAUCGCAAUUAUUACAAAAAUUACUUUCAAAAUCUAUUCAACACGAAAGAAAUUUAAUUUGUCAAUGUGUAAAAUAUAUAGUAGAUAAUAAUUUUUUUGAUUAGAGUUUUGUAAUUAUAUGCAUAAUAUAGAUAUUUUUUAAUUACUUUUUUUAACUAAAAUGGAUUGUUUAGUGAAAUAGGAUAAAAGUAAAUUAAUACAACAUAUUUCUAAUUAUCUUCUAUCUAAUUAUCUGUUUAUUAAAUUUUAUAAAUUAUGUUUACAUUGACUAAUGUCUUCUUUUUUUCUUAAAUUGUUUCUUUGGAAUUUCCAAAACAUUAUCAUCUUGUCCUUCUCUUUUCUCUCCACUUUUUACAGAUAUAAGAUUCUUACUUUUUUUCCCAGAAAGUGCAUUAUUCCAAUCAGCUUCUGUUCCUUUGAUUGCAUAUUGUUCUAAGUUUUCUCUUUUCAAUUUUUCCAAUUCAGCUUUUUGUUUUGCUUUUAAUUCCUAAAAUUAUAAUUAUAUCAUAAUAAAUUUUAUUACAUUAAGAAAUAUUUAAUAUCAUAUAUUUAAUAUCAUAAUAGAAGAUGAUCGAACCUUAGCUGCAGAUUCUAACUCGUCAUGCAAACUUUGUCCAUUAAUGGGAUUUAACUGCACUUUUUCAUUAUUAGUUUCCAUUUUCAUCAUGGUUGUUUCAAUAAAAUUCUCUGUUAUUUUGUUAAGGCACUGUACAAAUUUACGCAUAGUACGAUUGAACAAACCAAGUAAUUGUGUUGGUGGUAAAUCUAAUUCUUCUGCUAAUUUAUCAACAGUUUUAUGUUGCAAACCUAAUCCUAAUAAAAUUGCCUAGAAACAAGGACAUUAAUAAAUAUUAUAAAAAUAUUAUAUUUAAACAUAAUUAUUUCAGUGAAGUACAUUAA